AUGCACUCUUCAUCUACCACCGAUCACGCCUCCCUCGGACGCAGGCUGCGCAGCGCUGCGCCCAGACUCGUGCCAGCUGCCCCAGCUGCCAGUCCUACCCGUCUUAUUCUUUCGACCACCAAUGAACGAAUGGCAUCACCUGUAGAUAUUAAAACAGAAAAAUCUUUGAAGGACUCGCCGAAAAGUUCGCUGCUGGCCUCUGAUGUCCAUGGCCUUUGUUCCCGCAAUCGUUGUAGAGACGCACUGUGCAGGAACACCACAGAAUGGGACACAAAACAGGCAGCUGGUUAUCUGGAAAUCCUCAGUCCUGUUGAGAUUGACAAUAAAACUACAGCAAUUCUAGCGCCUACAGCUUCACCCAAGCCACAGCCACCCUCAGCCAUCGCUCGACUUGCGACAUACACAGCAGGGAAUUUGGGCAGUACAACGAGUCGUAAGUGGGCUGAGGACGCAAUUCAGGUCUCACAGAAAAACAGAAGUCGGAAAGCGGUAAGAUACAACGCAUCCGAGCCCCAGAAACGAGGCUUGAUCCGGGUCGAAGACUCAAUACUGAUGCAUGAACAGCUUACCACCAUCGAGCUUCGACUAGAUGAGGGCAGUGUCGGAAGAAAAGCACAGUCAACCGUAGGGGGUAGUAUCAAGAGAAAACUAGUUCCAUGUCCGACUCGAUCGCUGCGCCUAGACCGAAGUACUGAAAACCACAUAUUGCCUGUGCAGGUUGACAGUCGCCCAGGUUGCCCCCCAGUCUACGACUCCACAUUCCCACGAGAUCCAUUCGCAGAUGAAAAAAGUUUCGAAGAGAACCUCUUUGAUGGCCUCUUAUGCGAAUGCCCGACAGGCUCCUCAACGCCCAAGUCAGCAACGCUAACGCCCCAACUGCACAGGAAUGGUGAGGGCGAUGAUGACCGCUCCCACCACUUUGCAAUUGAGUCGGAAAGUUUGUCUGCUCAGAACCCGGACAGAAAAAUAGACAUAGAUGGCUCUUGCAAGGGAAAGACCGCCAUCGAGUCUAUAUGCGGAUAUGGCCGCGUUAAGAAGCACCCUUCACCCAGUAAGAAGGCAUUGGAAGACUUGGAACUGGCCUUUGCCAUAUACACCAAACUCAAGCCCUUGGAAGGUGGGGAUGAAACUGAUGAACUGGCCAAGGAUGAGCGCGGAGCGCUUUCAGCUGCAGACCACAACAAAGCAAUGCGUCAACACCGGAAAUUCGCCGUCCCCGAGGAAGCGCAUGAGAUGGCCCAUAGGCGUGCAUACAGGAUCCGGCAUAGCUUGCCGUAUCGGCCCACAGUGAAAAACACUCAGGAUAUUGAUGAGUUACGAUGUUAA